UUUGCUAAGGCUUUGGUUGGAGAAAGUUGGGAAAACUUUUCAUUUCAUUUGAACAGGAAGAUGGCGUUUACUCUGAGAAUAGUGGCUUUCGUUGCAGGCCUUGUCGCCGUUUUGGGGCAACAGCAACAGCAGCAGUGCAAUGUCGAGGAAUGCCUUUUGAAGCUCCGUGAUCCUGAUCCCGUCAAAGAGGGAGACAUCAAAAUCUUCUGCGCUCGUACCGCCGAAGGUCUGGCUUGCCUCGACAGGUGUCUGGACUCCCCUCUUUAUCAAGCUACCAGCCCCAUCGUCAUGGGAGGAGUCAAGCAGUUGCUGUCAGAAAUUUGUGUUCCUGGAUCCAGCCUCGGAAAACGUUACAUGCAAGAAUCCAAGUGCUUGAACCACCAGAACACUACCGUCAUGGAUUGCGCCACUUCCAUGAUUGAAAAAUAUCCCUCCCUUAUCCAGCGUCCUGAUCCUGAAUCUAUCAUCCGAGUUUUCUGCUGCUCCAUCGACAGAACCGAAGAAUGCAUUGUCGAAAGGGUUCACAAAGAUUGCGGCAGGGGUGCAGCCAAACUCGUCAACGAAAUGAUGAACAAAGCCUUUAACCCCAUCAACCAAGUCAUCUGCUACUUUAAUGACCCUAACCAGUGUCCUCAGUUCUAAGUCAUACAUCACCAUCGCUCAUCGAUUAAGACCUUACAAUAACUCCUCACAGCAUCGACCAAAUAAAAUGCGUACAUAACCACGAGAUAUACAAGUCGUUUCAAAGAAACCAUAAAAUCCGUCACACAUAUUCAUUGCUUCACCAUAAUAAAUAUCUCGAUAAACCGAGCUUCGUUAAAUGAUAUUUCUUUCAGUCCAAAGAAGUUGUGAUAAACGCCUCUCGAUUUUUUGUUUUACAAUCAAGUUUUUUCAAUUUUCAAAAAAAAAAAAAAAAAAUUUCGAAAAAUCUCUUAAAACAUAAAUUUAUUUUGACAAAGUCAAAGAAGUCUUGAAAGAAAAAAGUGGUUCAAUUAAAUUUUUUAACGUUCUAAGUCAGUUAAAGUUUCAAUUAAGUUGGAUAAUGUUGCGUUGUAUGAUUGGUUAGUACUACUGCUUCGAAACGUUUUCAUCCAAAAUUACUACAAUUAUAUUUUGUAAGGACUUUUUUUCGGACAUCAAAACUAGAUAGCAGAAACCGGGAAAAAACAAAUAAGUGAAAAUUUACGGGUGUGAAGAAUCAUUUAAAAAUAAAGCCAAAAAAAAUAUUGUGAACAUUUUAAAGUAUAAUGUGUUUAUUAUACGGUAAAGUAUAGUACGAUACUUUAAAGUUUAUUUGAUUCACGAUAUGAAGACUUCAAAUACAUUUAAUUUUUUUGAAUGCUCGGUAAAAAAAAUCUUAGACAAUUCUAAUUCAAUCAUGUAAGUCCUAUGAUUCAUAUUUAUGUACAUAUAAUAGUACGCGGUUAACUUAGUGAUUUAAUGCACAUACUAAAUUUAAAACAUUUUCAUUAUUCUGACAUCCAAACGAAUCAUUCAAACAAUCAUGUUUGUUGUAUAUAGCUAAAUACAAGACUGUGUAAUAGUAGUUUCUCUAUGUAUAUAUUAUUUUUGUAUAUAUUUUAUUAUUUUGUAUACCUUUACUGUGAUCACGUUUAAAAAUUGAAUUUCAAGAAAUUUUUGCAUAUUUGUACUUAUUAAUGUAUUCAUUCACUGAUAAAUAAGAUCACGUGUAUUUUUACUUGCACUGCAUUUCACACAUUUACAUAACCAACAGAGAAACUACUAUAUAUGGUUGUACAUAAUGUAUGUCUUAAA